AAAUUAACUUUCUUUUAAAUUGAAAUCGCGCUAGGCCGGUCAAGUGUCCCAAAACAAAGUUCCGAGUGUCUAGUGUGUCUGUGUGAGUCGUUGAUAGUGUUUUACAGGAAGAAAUAAUUAUCCUGGAGAUGGUGAAACUUGGGACGUUUUGUGGAAUCAAGAGUCGUCGAGUGAAGAUCGCAUUCGUGCUAAGAGUGUUGUUUGUAUUGAGCUUAGGUUCAAUUUCGGUUCUUAACUCAUAUUUCGGGCCUUCCGAUGGCGAGAGCAUAGCAGCAUUGAAAUCACGUCCUCGGCGACACCUGCUGCAAAUUUUACAAGAUCAGGUGGAAUUACUUCAACCGACUGUUGUGGAACCGGAGGAAUUCACCGAAUUUCCUCCGGUAACUACUACGGAAACAACAGACCUCCCCGUGCGAAAUUGUACUCCUGCGGCUAUAUUUGAAUUUCCGUCCGAUGGAUUUACCCGUCAUGAUCGCAAACACGGCUGGAUCACGGUACACCUGUUGAUCGCGUGCUACUGCUUCUGGUUGCUGGCAAUUGUCUGUGAUGACUAUUUCGUACCGGCCAUUGAAUCGAUGUGUAAAAAGCUUCAGGUAAAGGAAGACAUUGCGGGGGCAACGUUUAUGGCAGCGGCCUCAUCGAGUCCGGAACUAUUCAUCAACUGCGUGGGAACAUUUGUCACGAAAGGUGACAUUGGGGUGGGAGCUGUGGUUGGAUCGGCUGUCUUCAAUAUUUUGGCCGUACCAGCCGUUUGUGGACUCUUCGGUGGACAGGUCGUUCAACUGCGAUGGUGGCCCGUCACGCGGGACUCGAUGAUGUACGGGAUAGCCGUCAUCGGAUUGAUUACGGUUCUCAGCGAUGGCAAAGUUAUGUGGUACGAAGCGGCGGUAUUGGUAUCGGCCUACGUUUUCUACAUCACUGCGAUGAUCUGCAACGAUAGUAUCAACCGAUUCAUGUCGCGAACAUUCCGCCGGAAAUCUUGCGUCAGACCGUACACAGAAGUUACGGAAAUCGCACCCCUUCUGUCGAAUGGGCAAAACAACGGAGUUUCCAAGGGCAACCAAAAUGGGCAGAACGGCCACACAUGCGACAGUGAAGCCAGCGAAGACAGCUUCGAAGAGUAUGAACUAGCAUCAACUCCGUGGAACCGUCGUGACGAAAACACAUUUGCCUACAUCUGUCGUUGGCCGAUUACAUUCUUCCUGUGGGCCACCAUUCCCGACUGCCGACGGUAUCCCAAGCUGCGCACCGUCACGUUCUUUAUAUGUAUUUUCUGGAUCGGUAUUACGUCCUACUUCGUAGCAUUCCUUAUCACCGUUGUAGGUGACACAAUGGACAUUCCGGAUUCUGUGAUGGGUUUAACGUUCCUGGCCGCCGGUACAAGUGUACCGGAAGCGGUAUCCAGUAUUAUAGUCACCAACCAGGGUCAUGGCGAGAUGGGUAUCAGUAAUUCCAUCGGGUCGAAUACCUUUGACAUCCUCCUGUGUCUUGGGCUGCCAUGGCUUAUCAAAGCGUUAGCGUUCCCAGCCGUUGCUGGUAACAAUUGGGUUGCACUGAACUCAACUGGUUUAACCUACUCGGCGAUAUCGCUGUUAUCGACGCUCUGUGGAUUAUAUAUCGCCUUUUGGUCCAACCGCUUCAAACUGGACUGGAAGGUUGGACUUACGUGUACAUCAAUGUACAUUGCCUUCCUGACCGUGUCCAGCCUGAUCGAGCUGAACGUAUUCUUCAAGGUGAACCUGCCAACCUGUAUUCAUUAGUGGACGAUCCGUACUACAGUAAGAUAUUACAGUGCUGCAAGUUUGUGUGCGAUAUGCGUGUUACCGUUAACAUUGUUAGGUCAAUAAAGAUUAAAACAUAA